AUUGCCCCUCGCCAUACUUCCCAGCUAAGAAUAUUGAAUUUUCAAACCCCCAACACCCAAAAAAAUAAAAAUAAAAAACCCCAAAAACCCCAGAAAAUAAAAAAAAAAUAAAAAAAAAGACUAAAACCCAAACUUUCCGGUCUUUUUGACACCACAUUCCACAGACAAACUUCAAAAAAAAAAAAAAAAAAAAAAAACCCACCUGAUGGAGCCGAUUCAUCCGACAGCAUUCUUCCAUGCGGGGCCCACCACUUUCAGGACGAGCUCGAUCGUCGUCGGCGGCGUCCUAAUCGAGCCAGCGAAGUCGCCGCUUCCGCCUCCGCCGCCAAACGGCGUCGUGGCGGUGGAGAGGAUACUCGGGUACAGCUUCACGGACAAGAGGCUUCUGGAGGAGGCGCUGACCCACUCGUCGUUCUUCCCCGACGCGACGCCUUCGUAUCAGCGGCUGGAGUUUCUCGGCGACGCGACGCUGGGGCUGGCCGUCAGCAACCACCUCUUCCUCGCCUACCCGGGGGUGGACCAGGGUCAGCUCUCGCUCCUCCGGUCGGCCAAUAUCAGCACCGAGAAGCUCGCGCGCGUCGCCGUCCGGCACGGACUUUAUCGGUAUCUUCGCCGGAACGCCCCUGCUCUUGACGAAAAGGUUAGGGAAUUCGUUGAAGUUGUGAGUAAUGAAGACGAAGCGGUUGUGCAUGGUGGAUCAAUAAAAGCCCCUAAAGUUCUUGCUGAUAUAGUGGAGUCUAUAGCGGCUGCUGUUUAUGUCGACGUCAACUUUGAUUUGCAAAGACUCUGGGUGAUCUUUAGGGGUCUCUUGGAACCUAUAGUCACGCUCGAAGACUUGCUAAAACAACCGCAGCCCAUUACGAUGUUGUUCGAGCUUUGCCAGAAGCAAGGUAAGCAUGUUAAUGUAGAGCAUUGGAAACAGGACUCCAAAAGUAUCGUUAGUAUUCAUGUCGAUGGGAAUUUUGUUGCCUCGGGUUCUUCCGAGCAAAAAGAUAUUGCCAAGCUAAAUGCUGCUAAGUUGGCUUUGUGCAAGCUGUGGAAAUCAAUGCCUCCUACUGAUGGAUUGGCUAAGAUCAUGGAUGGACUUGAUGAGUCAUUUGAGAUCGAGGGAGCAAAACAGAAGUUACAUGAGCUUUGCGGCAAGAAGAAGUGGGCCAAACCAACUUACAACAUUGAGAAAGAGAACGGGCGAGCACAUGAAAAAGUUUUCGUAUCAUCCGUUAAAAUUUCAACCGCAUACGGUGUACUAUACAUGAUGGGAGAUGAAAAAUCAAGAGUAAAAGAAGCAGAAAAUUCUGCAGCUUCCUUGAUGAUCCGUGCCUUACAAGAAUCUGAUUACCUAUGAUGUUGCUUCUGCUUCAUAGUUCAAAUCGCGGAUUAAUCUUACAAAGGGCGGCCUUGGGAAAAACGAUAUUGACGAUUUUUCAUGUGAUGCGAGUUAAGUUCUUGGUAAAAGUUGCUGAAAUAUGCAAAAAUUCUGGGCCUUCCAUGAUGAUCAAUGCCUUGCGGGACUCUCCUUAUGUUAUGCUGUGUGAUGUGUCUCUUAUCCGAAUUCCGAAAGCCCCAUAAGAACAGUCAAAAGCUUUACAGAUUUUGUUAUUGCUCUAGUCUGAAGUUUCUGGUUGAAAGCUUGGUUUGCUUUAUAAUAUUUGUGUAAGAGGAAAGACUGAUAAUUUCCUAUCCUUGCAUAAGUUAUUAAAAUGGCCUUUUUUUUUUUU